AUGGCCGAACCGGUGGGCAUUACCGGCACAGCCGUCGGGUUGGUGUCGCUUGGUUUGCAGCUAUACGGCGAAAUCUCAAAAUACGUCAACGCUGUGAAGGGCAGAAAGGGCGAGCUCGACUCGGCGAGGCGACAUGCGGAAACGAUGCAAAAGUGCAUCAAUGCAAUCGAUGAUGCGACAUCUUCGCGCAAGAACGCCAAUGCGACAACGAACGAAGCAGUUGAUAUCUGCGUCAACUCUUGUAUAAACGAAUUGAAGGCCCUGGAAGCUGUCGUCUUGAGCUUGAAAGACCCAGAUGCUGGAGCUGACACACUCUCGUCCAGACUCAAGGGUAAAGGGAAACAGGUCGCAUACCCUUUCCAUCGCGAAAAGCUCUUAGAGCUUGAGAAGAGAAUGAUCUCUACGAAUGAAGUACUGCAGACCGCUCUCCAUGCGUUCGGGAUUAAUAUCUCUGUCGCAACACAUGACGCCGUAGACAGCUUACAGACACAUCUUGCAGCCAUUGACAUGGCAGUUGAAGAUACACAAGGAAGAAUAUCAUCAAUGUCAGAUACCAUUGAUAAAAUACACGCCUUCACAGACCGUUCCGAACAACUUGUUCCAGAAAUACAUGCGCAAACCACCACUACGACUGCAAUUGUAACCAGAAACACCGAGACUUUGCUUCAGACGACUCAAGUCGUUAUUCACAGUGACGAGAAUACCACCCAUACUCGACAAGAGGUGUCACAAAUAGCUAGGAGAAUGGAAAGAAUGGAAGAGAUUCUCAAAGGGGUCUUUGAAAAUGCAGCAGAAAAAAACAACGUAAAUCGCCAGAUUGCUCGAUUGGUCGCCAAGCCAGCAGAUUUGAAGACAAUGUGCGAUGCAGUUCUGGAACCAGACAUACCGGCAGCUGCCGCAACACCGAUCUCAAGACGGCAAAUCGCAACUCGAGGCGAUUAUAUCGAGGAACAACGCUAUUGUCUCUGUCCGAUAAGAAAAAAGAGGUCUCGUACUCGGGCUUAUUGGGGACCGUUGUCGUUGGACAGCGAUAUGCGUUCAACACUUUAUCAUACCCCGGAGUGCCCCCUAGCUCGCGUUGUGCCGGCGGAGCACAGCCGCGACCGAGUGUUCGGUAUUACUGUCCCGGCGAUACGAAGCCUUCUCAAAGUGGCAACUAAAGUUACGUUUUCUAUGAAAUCCGGAGCGGGAGGGUCAAGUUUUGACUUGGGACUGAAGUGGAUUGCAACUGUGGAUCGGCAAACAUCCCCCGCGUUUCGAAUCAUGCAGAUUGCUAUAGAUAACGUUCGGGUAUAUGGAUUGCACAUGAAGGACGAAGAAAACCGGCUUUUAUUGGAAUCUUGCUGGAAGCGAUUGUUCUUUUGUUACGCCGAGAACAAGGCAUCGCCUUCUGACGUUGACUCGUACGGCAUGUCCCUGUUGACGUGGGUGACGUUCAGUUUAAAGAACUAUCGUUCAGAUGACUUUGAAACCACUGGAAAAUUUACGCGCCUCGUAACAUCCUUGUUGUCUUUCAAGCUUUCAGCCAACACACGUGACAGAUUAGAAUAUACGCCUUUAGCAUCAGUGAUUGGAUCAAAAUGGCUGAAACCAUGCGAUGCCGUUUUCGAAACGAUCAAGGCACUUGAGUCAUCUGGUGCCGAAGUAGACGCUGAAGGGAGCUUCCGAUAUGAAUUCAUUGAAAGACCGUCAAAGCAGAUCAGCCUAAAUCAAUUUGUAAAGUGCUAUCCACAGGUAACUGAAGUUUUGGGGUUUGGACCUCUUUCCACAGCAAUCAUGCGAGAGGACUACGUUUCAAUCGAUCAAAUCUUGAAGGCCAAUCCGGGAUCCGUUAAUGAAACAAACCAUCUGGGGCAGUCUCCAAUCCAUAUCGCCGUUUUAAUGGGCAACGUCGACAUUCUGCGCUCUGUCCUGACGUAUUCUGACGCUACCAUUCUCAACGCUCGGGACAAGGGUGACCUCCGUCCUAUAGACUAUGCGACAUGUGAGAGCAUGCACACAUCAUGCAAAAACAAGAAGCUAAAGAAGUCAGAGCUAUGCAACGGUUGCGCCAUUCUGGACGUUGUUCUCGGUGCGGGCUGUGCGUUGUACCCAACAUCAUUGAAUCUCGCACUCGGGGUGGGCGACUGGCAGAGGAAGAGCCCAUCAAUCAUCGUUCAACAGAAAGUGAUACGGGAAGUCAGCAUCAGACGACAAGGACUGGCCAAGCUGGCGAAGGAUGUCCUUUCUCAACAAGAGAUGGAUUUUCUCGACUUAGCUGAAGCCCGUAUGCUGGACCGCAAUGCCGGUCUGGUCCAACAUCAUCUCCAAAUGCGGUCUUGCACAGUCCCAGAGUCUUUGAAAGUAUGGGAUGAAAGUGAAGAAGCCAAGCCUGAUGCCAAGUCCAUCUAUGCAUUUAUCUCCAACAGAGAUAGCGCAGAAUUCGCUUGGAGACUCGGGUUCGAUGACAUUGGGAACGAUAGCGACAUCAUAAACCAAGUCAAUCGUGCUGUUCAAGACAUUGGAGUUCCGCAGACUCUAGGUGUUGCAGUUCAAAUGGCUCAGUAUAUCACAUGGUGGCUUGGCAAGGUCCACGAUAUUCCAUUGCUGUCACAAUCCUCGAAACCAAUGAUCCGGGGUGAAAGUUCGACAUCAAUAUUGCACAUCUUUAUGGGGUUUCUCGGCAUCUUCAGCAUCAGUCACUAUUCUUCUAAAGUGGAAUUAAAUCUCUCUAAACUGCUUUCAGACGCCAUCUUCUGCCAGCGGCAUGUCGACAAUUGCUCGUGUUACUGCUCAUUAGAAGGAUGCACUCCGCUGACCAUGUUCUUGGAUGCGUCAUUGUCAUGGACCGGUGACGCAAGAGACUUGAUCUACAAAAAUGGGUUAAGGCUCAGCAUCUGCCAGAAAGUUUUUGGGUUGAUUCCAUUACAUCGGUACCGCAGCGAAGGAUAUGAAUGGAUCUACCGGGCGAUUUUGAGAUAUUUCACCUUUGAAGCCUUAGAUUGUCGGCACACUUGUUGCUCUGAUAGCAUAGGAAGGUGGGGAGGGUUGAGCCACGAUGAAAUUGAGGAAAUUCAAAAAGAAGACGAGGAGCUGUUAGAGUUGAUGGAGGAUCUUGUGGCUGAUUUUGAAGAACGAUGCAAGUGCAACGCCAGGUUGAUCCCUUUCUUGAAAGAUCAUUGGGCUCCACGUAUGCGUUCUGUUAUUGAGGGGUUCAAGGCGAAUAAAAUCGUCGAGCUUCAGGCAGCGAAAGAAAUUGGUGUGAGGUGGGAACAUGAAGAUUCCGAGGAUGAGGAUGAGGAUAAAAACAGAAAGUUUGACAAGAAAGACUUCGCAUACUGGAUGGAGAGGCUGGAUGAGAUUGCGCCGGAACCUGAUAUUAUGUUGCCGCCCGGCGUGAGGUUUUAG